GUUCUUUCGCACAGUUCGACUAACAUUCCGAUCGAUUCGGAAAAUUAAUCUACGUACCUUCAUGAUUCGCGACGGUUCUCUCGAAAUCGAGAAACUGGAAAUUAUCGUCUGUACACUUGGACGCAGAUACAUAUCGGUUCGCGACAGUGCGAACCGCCAUGGAACGUGUUCGUCGCGGCGCAUGCGCGUGUUUUGUUUUCCGAUGCCAUUCGAAAGAUAGAACCUGGUAAAUCGUUAGAAUCGUUGGAAUCAGGAGAAAAUUGUUGUUUUCAGUGAACGUUACAGUUCUACCGUAUCUUCUGUACAAUAUCGAAUCGAUGUUUUGCAAUGUUCUUCAAUAAUUAUUUCAAAUUUGGCGAAAAUAUUGCAACGUUAUCGCGGUUUCGAACGUCCUCUCUACGCUCGCGUGGAAUGCGCACUAGAACUUGCGGACGCAUGCGUGCUAAAAAUCAGUUCUUGAAUGCUCGAUCGGUAAAGAUGUGUUGCGACGAAAAACUUUGGCAUCGCUCGUCAUAGACUACAGAAGCGUUGGUGGGGAUUUCUACUGCACUGUCAAAACAGGCUAUGAAUGAGCCGGAUUUACCGAGCGACGAGCAGCAUUAUUCGGACGAUGCGUCGAGCAUGGAUCUUAUAAUUAAUCCGUCCAGACAAAGAUUCCCGUUCUGCAUAGUUUGGACUCCGUUGCCGAUAUUAACGUAUUUCUUACCGUUCAUCGGUCACAUGGGCAUCGCCACCUCUACCGGCGUGAUAAGAGAUUUCGCGGGCCCGUAUCAUGUGUCCGAAGACAACAUGGCAUUUGGGAAACCAACGAAGUACUGGCAAUUGAACUAUGGUAAAGCGAAGGGAGGCGUUGCGGGAUGGGACUCCGCGGUGGCCGAAGCCAGUGAAAUUUAUAAAAAGAGAAUGCACAACCUAUGUUGCGACAACUGCCACUCGCACGUGGCCACUGCGUUGAAUUUAAUGUCAUACGACAAUGUCAACGAUUGGAACAUGGUGAGGCUAGCGUUUCUGAUGCUACUUCACGGCAAAUACGCAAGUUUUCCAGCAUUCCUAAGGACCUGGAUGCCUUUUUUCCUUAUCGUCGCUACCGCCGGCAUCGUUUGUUUUUAUCUGCGGUAAUUCGCACGCGAGUCCAGUAUCCGGGGAAUAAUGAUAACGAAACGAGAGACUCCAGCGUGGGUUGCAACGGUUAGAAUCUUAAGGUUUAUUCAAAAUACGGGAGAAAAUUUUCAAACUACAUUAUGUUACAGAUAUAUGUACAUAUACGUAAGAUCAUGGCGCACGACAUUGUAAGCUUACGGUUACCUGCGAAUCGAUAUUCUAGCAUAUACAGGUGCACAACACCUGUUUCUUCCAGGGUUAAAUAAACGUUCUUUCGUUGGAACAGA